GGUACUUAAUUGUUACCCAGAAACUAUUUUAAAUUGAGAGAAAACAGCUGCAUUGGACCUUUAAAUGGGACUCUUCUUCUCUUACUCCCAUAUAGUCAUCUUUAACUUUAGCUCUAAUUUUAACCAAACUUUUUUGCAUCUCCUAUAUGGACGAGGAUAUGGGCGACGCCAUCCGGCCCUACGUGGUGCACCGCUGCCGCCAGAGCAUUGCCUUCUCCCUGCAGACGGCAUGGCUGCUCGGCGCCUACUCCUCCGACAUGCACAUCUCUACCCAGCGCCACUCGCGCGGCACCAAGCUGCGCAAGCUAAUCCUCUCAGACGAACUAAAGCCCCACUCAGCUUCUAAAGGUGUGGGUCCCGCCGGUGCUGCGGACGCCAGCCCUGGGCUGCGGGACGUUGCCCACAUUCGACACCACCAGCGGCACACCGUGGAGCCGCCCCCGGCCCCCGACAGCCAAAUCAUCCCUGCCGAUGCCUACCUCUCGCCUUCCAAGCGGACACAUCAGCGAUCCAAGUCGGACGCCACGCAUUGCACAAGCCUGGGGAGCCUCAGGAGAACAGCCAGCAACCCCAAGGUGGAAAGCGGCUACGAUGAGCCGUUGCGCCUGACACUGCAGAGGGAGUUCAUCAAGUCUCUGAGGCCCACCAAGGAGCAGAACCGCGUCUGGCUGCCCACUGCAGCCUUCGACCACCACGUGGUGCGCGUGCCCCACACACAGGCCGUGGUGCUCAACUCCAAAGAUAAGGCCCCGUACAUCAUCUAUGUGGAGGUGCUGGAGUGCGAGAGGUUCGAGACGUCCGGCAUUCCCCUGCGCAUCCCGGAGACAUGCAUCCGCAGCGCCCGCUCUGUGGACAACCUCCUCCCGGAGUGCGUUGGCAUCACAGCCGAGCAGCGCGCCGGCAGUUUCUCCACCGUGCCCAACUACGACAACGACGACGAGGCCUGGGCCAUGGAUGACAUCGGCAAGUUGGAAGUGGAGCUCCCAGAAGGCCACACCAGUAGCAGUGACAACAUCUCCCAGUUCUCUGUGGACAGCAUCACCAGCACGGAGAGCAAGGAGCCUGUCUUCAUCGCCGCUGGCGACAUCAGGCGACGUCUAUCAGAGAACCUGGCCCACACCCCCCACAACGUUCGGAAAGAUCCGGAGGACCCGUCCGCUGUGGCGCUCAAGGAGCCCUGGCAGGAGAAAGUCAGGCGGAUAAGGGAGGGCUCCCCUUACGGUCACCUGCCAAACUGGCGGCUGCUGUCGGUCAUCGUGAAGUGUGGGGACGACCUGAGGCAAGAGCUACUGGCCUUCCAGGUGCUCAGCCAGCUACAGUCCAUCUGGGAGCAGGAGCACGUCCCCCUGUGGAUCAAGCCCUAUAAGAUCCUGGUGAUGUCAUCGGACAGCGGGAUGAUCGAGCCCGUGCUGAACGCUGUCUCUCUGCACCAGGUGAGGAAGCAGAGCCAGCUGUCUCUGCUGGACUACUUCCUGCAGGAGCACGGCAGCUACACCACCGAGGCCUUCCUCACCGCCCAGUGCAACUUUGUGGAGAGCUGCGCCGGCUACAGUCUCAUCUGCUACCUGCUGCAGGUUAAAGACAGACACAAUGGAAACAUCCUCCUGGACUCGGAGGGCCACAUAAUCCACAUUGACUUUGGCUUCAUCCUGUCCAGCUCGCCCAGGAACCUGGGCUUUGAGACCUCCGCUUUUAAGCUCACCAGCGAAUUUGUGGAUGUGAUGGGAGGCCUGGAUGGAGACAUGUUCAACUACUACAAGAUGCUGAUGCUCCAGGGCCUGAUAGCUGCUCGCAAACACAUGGAGAAGGUGGUCCAAAUAGUGGAGAUCAUGCAGCAAGGCUCUCACCUACCCUGCUUCCAUGGCUCCAGCACCAUCCGCUACCUGAAGGAACGUUUCCACAUGAGCCUGACGGAGGAGCAGCUACAGGUGCUGGUGGAGCAGAUGGUGGAUGGCUCCAUGCGCUCCAUCACCACCAAGCUUUACGACGGCUUCCAGUACUUCACCAACGGCAUCAUGUGAACAGUUCGACACCAAACUCUACUACAUGGGACAACCACAUGGGAGAGCAAGCAAACAUACAUAUAAAGAUGGUGGUGAACAUGUGCAUAUGGACUCACGCAUGUGUGCUUGCCAUAGCAGCACAUUUAGGAAAAUGGACUUGUGUAUAGACUAGUGCUACAGGACCUGUUUGCAAACUCGGUAUGUUCUUUGUCAAAGUCAAAAAAUCACGU